UUAUCUUAAAAUGGGAGCAGGUGUGUGCUGAAUCGCAUGUAAUAUGAGUUUCAAUGUAACACAGCCACAUCUCUGGGUGUGCGCACUUAUACAAUCGCGUUAUAGCACUAAGAAUGUGUUGCUGUCCCCCGCAGGCGGUGCGCCCAUGAGGUCGUCUAUGCUGGUCCUGUUGCUUUUCUUCAGUGCCCAGGCUGUGGCCUCCGUCGCGGAGGACACGGGCGGCUCCGCCUCCAACGCGCGGCGGCAGGACUCGGGCGCCGGCGGUGCCGCCGCGCCUCGGGUGGACCUCAAACUCUUCAGCCGGCGGCGCAGGCUCUCCCCCAGGGUGCUGUUCAGCGCCCAGCCGCCCGACGCCGAGCGGGGGUCGCGCGGCAGGAGGCGGCGAGCGGGCCAACCCCAGCACCGGGGCGUGUACUCGGUGUGCGAGAGCGUCAGCAUGUGGGUGGGCAACAAGACCAAAGCCACGGACAUUUCGGGCAACGAGGUGACGGUGCUGCCGGACGUUAACAUCAACAACGUCAACAAGAAGCAGUACUUCUUUGAGACCACUUGUUACAGCUCGCACGCGGACAACUCGGGCUGCCUGGGCAUCGACGUCCGACACUGGAACUCACGCUGCACCAACUCGCACACGUUUGUGCGGGCGUUGACGUCCUUUAAGAACUUGGUGGCGUGGAGGCUCAUACGCAUCAACGUGGCCUGCGUGUGCGUGCUCAGCCGCAAGACGUGGCGGCAGUGAUGAGCCAACCCCCCC